UUUUGUAUUCUUUUAGUUUCUAAACUAUUUCAGCUUAAUAAUUAAGCGACUGAAUAUUUUAAAAGAAGAAAUUGCUUUUAUUAUAUAUUUUAUUAUUUUUACGGAUUAUAUUCUAUUUCAUAUCACGCUCGUCAAAGAGAAAAAGAGUAAUAGUUGUUUAUUAUCGCAUUUGCCUAUCUACUUUAAUAACUAAUGGUGGUAGGAAACUGUCACUCUGUUUCUAUUUAGUUAACAUGCGAGUUAAUCAGCAACUGAAGAGAGAUCGCGAUUAUCAAUCAGUGAGAAAAAGAACACUUGUUAGAACAAGAUGCAAAGUGAAAAAGACAGGUACCGAUGCGUUAAUUCACCAGUUCAAGUUACAAAGUGCUACAAAAACAUACAUUCUCGAGUCGAUCUGGAUUUGUAACAUCAAUUGAAAAACCAGUCUAAAAAAUAAGGAGAAAUCUGUUGCUGCUACAUAAUAUUUUACCAUCAUGGUGUGGGCGGUGUUGUUAUUGGCAGUGAUUACAUUGACUAAUGCAGCAGUUCCAGAUCCACCAGAAAAUUCAAACAUUAACACGAGCAAUUCCAAAAAAUCAGUGACCGCCAUUGACUGUAACGAAUUUGUCGCUUUCUCUGCCAUUCAAGGAUCGAUUAAUGAAGCUAAACUCAUCUUUGCCGAGACGCUAAUAGAUAAAGGAGUCGAGUACGAGUUGGAGACCGGAAUUCUUACCAUGUAUUGUGAAGGCAUCUACCAAUUUAGCUUCGCUGGAUAUGGUAACACAAAUCUGCGGCUGACAUUGAAACGCAGAGAGUACAAAUCCGACAGUUGGACAACUAUUGUUAGCACUGGUCCAGGCGGAGGAAGCCAUCUCGUCCUAUUGGAUAUCGACUUGGGCAAUCAACUUGCCGUCUUCGUUGAAUCUGGGGAAAUCAUUCCGGACGGAAGCAGCUUCACGGGUCUCCGCGUUUAUAAAGUUCAUUAGAAACAAAAGUUUUAAACAAUUUAAGCUACUGGCUACCAUUAGAGAAACAAAAUUAAUAAAUUAUGAACUAAAACUGAAUAAAAAAAGUUACUGAUUAAGAUGAUUGUUUCAUUUAAUUAAAAUUUUUGAAAUAUUUAAAAGAUAUUUAAUACAUAAAAAAUUAUAAAAAAUUUGUUAUAGUUUGGAAUUUUUUAAAUCAAAAGACUCGCUCAAUUUAUACCCAAACAGCACACAAUUUUUAAUAAACGUCUUUUGGUUUUUAUUUUUUCCACAUAUCCACAUAUAUAUGUAAUACAAAUGUUUUAAGAGCAUACGUUAAUAGACGUUCAAAAUUGAUUUAUAUUUGGACGUUUUAAAAAUGUUUGCAAAUAAACUCUUGCCUAAAAAAG